UUUUCGGCCGCUGAGGGAGUUUCCAUAGUAACACGCCCUUCCAGUCUUCUACGCCGAGGGGAGGUUCCAGAGUUCCAGGCUCAGGGCUCAGCUUCUCCUGGAUGCCAGUGUUCUGAGGCUCUCAUUGGUUACCGCCAACCGAGCCCCUCGUAACCCUGGUAACAGCACCGCCCAUGAAUUGUCAGGCUAUGAUUGGUCCAAGACCGAAAAACCUAACGUGAGCUCUUCGGCCCAUUGGUCUGAGUCACGGGAAACCGGUGCCAGGGUUGGUGAGCCUCGAGAGCCGUCAGAGCCAGAGACUGGGUGAAAUAGGGAGAAAUGGCGACAGAGCCGGGCUGUGGGUGAGUGAUUUCGGAAGGGGUGGGGAGGUAUGGCAGGUGGCGACUGCUGUCAGCCCUGACACAACUCCCAGGGAGGUGGGAGGUUGACUUCUGGCUCCAGCCGCACCCACUCAUCAGCAUCCUCCGGUUCGGGCUAGAGGUGAGAGGUCAGAGGCCCCUUCCUUUCUCUGUCCCUGGUUUUCCGACCUCAGGUACUUUGGAAAGCAUUCAAGAUCUCAAGCUGAAGACUCGUGUCCAGCUAUUUACAGAAUAAUGUUGGCCAAGUCACAACCUCCUCGAGCCUCAGUUUCCCAUCUGUGAAAUGGGGACAAUGACCUGCUCUGGGGCCAAGUAGAGGAAGCAUUUGACUAGAACUUCGUGGUUCAUAGCGGGACUUGCACAGAGGCUGGAGCGGCUAUGCACGUUUUUAAGCCCCGUUCUGUGGCUGAAGAGAUGGAGGCUCGGAGAGGGUCGUUGACUUGCCCAAGAGCACACAGCAAGUUUGGGGCAAUCGAGUUCGCUUGUAUACACCAGGACCACAUGAAAGAAUGGAUGCCAGGAAGUAAAUUGUAAAUACAAAGUACUGUAUGGAUAUUUAAAACACUGUGUUUUUAAAAUGACUAUAUGCAGCACCAAGCUUCCCACCUACUUAGAUCUUCUGGAACCGAAUGAUUCCAUGGCUGGUUCGUCGGUUAGGUCUCAGCUCCAACGUCAUCCACCUUUCCCACAGAGAGCGCUUCCCUGACCACCUUAGCCGAAGCUCCCCUCCCUCCCCAGUUUACUCUGUUACCCAGUCUCGUGGUCUUUGUAACCUUCAUUAUUCAACAUGUCAUUUGUUUACAUGUUUAUGGUGUAUCUCCCCGAGAGGAGUGCUGAUACAUAGCCCCUCUUUGGUGGAACAAGAUCUGGAGAAUACAGUCCAGCCUCAAGCCUUAACUCAGCUGGCGCUUGAGAGACUGAGAGCCUCCUGUCCAGCAGCCUGGCAGAGAAGUGUUUUGACCUUGGCAUCUAGACCUCUCCCUUCUCCCCCAUGGCCCUGACGAUGCUGAACGAGCUCCUCGCGGAGGACCCAAGCCCACCUGUGCUUCUGUACCAGGUUAGCAAGACUGCCAAGUUAGAUACCCUUAACUAUCAGAGCCGCUUUAUGCAGAGUGUCUUUGCCCAUUUCCCUGAGAUCUUAUUUAUCCACCGGACCUAUAACCCGAUGGGCAAGGUGUUAUAUACCUUCCUGGUGGAUGGUCCUCGGGUGCAGCUGGAGGCCCCCCUUGCCCGGGCGGUCUACUUUGCCAUUCCUGCCAAGGAGGAUGCUGAAGGCCUGGCCCAGAUGUUCCAGGUGUUCAAGAAGUGUAACCCAGCCUGGGAGAGAAUCUGUACUAUCCUAGCGGAUCCCUGCUUCCUGCCUAUGCCCACCCUAGCCAUGGAGUUCCCCGCAGCGGAGGUCCUGCCGUCGGCCUUCCACAUCUGCAAGUUCCUCCAGGGGAAGUUCUAUCAGCUUUCCCUGGAGCAGCCCGUGGAGCAGGUGCUCCUGACCUCCCUGCGGAGCACAAUGUGCUCGGCCACCGCCAGCAACCUGAGGAAGCUGUACGCGCUCCUGAUCAACUACAUCCCCCCGGACCAGCUGCCCAAGCUCCACUCGUACUGGCUGCUCAAUGACCGCAUCUGGCUGGCCCACCGCUGGAGGAGCCGAGCUGAGAGCAGCCGCUACUUCCAGGGCCUGGAGGUCACCACCCGCAUCCUCAGCCAGUUCUUCGGGACCACCCCGUCUGUGGAACAGGGCAUGACCUCCCUGCUCCGGUACAUGCAGCAGAAUUCCGGAGACGAGGCAGGCUUCAGCCUGGGCCUGAGUCCCCAGGACAGUUGUUCCGCCUCAGACAUCAGCCCCCAGAUCCCCAAAGUGGAGCAGCUGGUGGAAGCCUGCAUCCAGCACUCGCUCAGUACCAUCUGCACGGCGCCAGCGGCCCAGCUGUGCCUGGGUGAGCUUGCCGUGGUCCAGAAGUCUGUGCACCUCAUUGGCUCUGGCUCAGAAAAGGUGAACAUACAGAUCCUGGAAGACACCCACAGGGUGCAGCCCCAGCCCCCUGCCAGCUGCAGCUGCUACUUCAACCAGGCCUUCCGCCUGCCCUGCCGCCACAUCCUAGCCAUGCUCAGCGCCCGCUGCCAGGUGCUCCAGCCCAACAUGCUGCCGCCUCAGUGGACGGCCGGCCGUGCCGCCAAGCUAAAUGACAUCCUGGGCAGCAAGUGGAGUGAGACCCUGGAUAAGCACUUGGCCGUGGCUCUCCUCACUGAGGAGGUGGGCCAGCUCCUGCAGCACUGCAGCCAGGAGGAGUUCCAACGGCGGUACAGCACCCUUCGGGAGCUGGCCGACAGCUGGAUCGGCCCUUACGAGCAGGUCCAGCUGUGAUUACCCUCAGGGCCGAGAGAUGCUCAUACACAGGUACACGCACCCUCCCCUACACACACACACACACACACACACACACACACACACACUUACACUUCCAAGACCCUUCCUCCAGGAAAGGACAAGCAUCUUCUAGUCUGCCACAGCCUGGUACCUACCAUAUGUCUAGCUCCCUAAUCCAGGAGUCAGCAAACUUCUUCUGUAAAGGACCUGACAGUAAAUUAUUUUAGGCUUUGCUAGUCAUAUGCAGGAUGUUAUAUAUUCUUGGUUUUGGGUUUUGUUUUUUUUUUUACAGUCUUUCC